GCCCCCCUCAAACCCUAGCUUAGGAUCUGCCGCCGGCGACGUCGAUCGCCGUUGAUCAUCUCACGCCUUCUUCUUCUUCCUGGCGGGCAAGAUGUUGGGCGAGACCCAGCUGCCCGUGACGGCGCUGAUCGGUCGGAAGCGGCGCUGGGACAAGGACGCCGCCGCCGCCAGCUACGAAGAAGCCAGCGAUGGCGAUGGUGCCCCCAAGGAGCAAGCCCCUAUGGCUAUGGAGAUCGCGGCUAGCCCAAUAACCCGUGACGAGGAGAAGCAGGAGGACGAGGAUAUGGCUGUUCCGGCCUGCAAGAUGGGUGAGCAACCCCUUACGGAAAUUGAAAGUUCGACUGUCUCGACUGUGGAGGAGAAGGAAGUGACCAAGGAGCCUGAGAUUCCAAUGUGGGACAGCGAUGAUGAUGGUGAGUUUAUGCUCAAGGCAAAGGCAGAGCUCGAGAAGCUUCACAUUGCGUGUGUCAAAAGCAUCACCGAAUUGGAUCCUAAGUCGAAACUCUUGGUCCCUACUCGCUUCUGCAGCUUCAAUAUAGCCGGCUUCGACCUCGAUAAAGAGUCUAAGUUUGGCCUUGGGCCGCCGCUUGACAGCAAUAUAACUCCUGAGUUGGAGAAGUACAUGGUGUCGUCAGCCGUCAACGUCAUUUCCGUCAAAGUAAUCGAGUCUGACCGGGGUUAUCCAAUAAGCGUAUAUGGUACUGUUCUUGCAAGGGAUAGGAUUGACUACAGAUGUAUCUAUCUGUUCAGACGUGGAAGGGAAGACCCCCAGAUGAUCAGCUCCAAGGAUGAUAUGCUAACAUUGACAGGUCCACGACGGGCAUUAGUUCCGCCGGAUAAUAUUUACUUUGAGUUCAAUCUGAGGGUGAAGGGUGAUGCUGGCGACGGAGAUUUUAGCAAAGGUGUAAUACAGCUCCAUGUCGUUCCCUAUGACCCUGAACCAAUCACAAGGGUGCUUAGUAAUUGGCUGAGCAGAGUGGAGUUGGUUCUCGCACCUGUUGAUGGUCCAGUGGCAGCUAGCCUUGAAGUCAAGAUUUUGAAAGGAGCACCACCUUUCAUUGGCAAAAUAUGUGCUGGGACUAGUGAAAAUCCUGAGACGCAGAUGAUUGUGUAUGAUAGUAGAGAUAUGAAGAGCGGUUCCUCUGUUGUGUUAAGUCGUAACUUGGUAGCUGUCCCUGACCCGGAUGAUGAAGAAGAGGAAAUUAUCGUCCAUGUUCGCUUCCUUGUCGAUGGCGAUGAUGUCGAUGACGAGGAUGCAGGCACCUUGGUCAGCGUAGCAUACCCUGCUGAAGAGCAAGUCUGCAGUCACGGCGCUUGAGAGCUGCAAGUGAACGUUGCCUGGACUGCCAUCCUGUGCAAGCCGAGGGCAAAAUAUAUCAUGAGAAGAGGGAGGAGUACGCCCAGGGUUUUUACUUGC